UUUAAUUCCGGUGCAAAACAGCGUAUAAUACGCAUGGUAGAAGCUCAGGUGGAUCCUAUGGAGCCACCUAAGUUUCGUAUUAAUAAGAAGAUACCAAGAGGCCCGCCAUCACCACCAGCACCCGUACUACAUUCACCUUCUCGUAAGGUUACUGUAAAGGAGCAAAAAGAAUGGAAAAUACCGCCAUGCAUUUCCAAUUGGAAAAAUGCUAAAGGAUACACAAUUCCGCUUGAUAAACGUUUAGCUGCCGACGGUCGCGGUCUUCAACAAAAUCAUAUAAAUGAGCGAUUUGCGAAAAUGUCCGAAGCGUUGUAUAUAGCCGAUCGUAAAGCACGUGAAGUUGUGGAAGCCAGAGCACAACUUGAGAAAAAGUUGGCUCAGAAAGAAAAGGAGAAAAAGGAGGACAUGUUGCGUAUGAUGGCCGCUCGUGCUCGCGAAGAACGCGCCGGUCUACGUAAUCCCAAUGAGGAAGGGAGCAGUUCUACGGCCGAAGCCCGGGAACGAAACGAUUUACGAGCUGAACGCCAUCGUGAACGUCAACGUGAGCGAAAUCUGGCACGCGCUGCUCCAGACAAGCGCACGAAACUUCAGAAGGAACGUGAACGCGAUAUUUCCGAACAGAUUGCACUAGGAAUGCCUGCAAAAACCAUAGGCACCGGAGAAUCACUAUUCGAUCCCCGUCUUUUUAAUAACACUAAAGGUACUAGUUCUGGCUUUAAUGACGACGAGACCUAUAAUGUUUAUGACAAGCCUUUGCGAGAUUCAAUUUCCCUGGGUACUCACUUGUAUAGGCCUUCAAAACAAAUUGACAAUGACGCUUAUGGCGCUGAUUUGGAGCGCAUAGUAAAUACUCAACGAUUUGUGCCAUAUAAAGAAUUCUCGGGUACCACACGUGGCCCUGGCGGUGCAUCAACUCGGAAUGGACCUGUGCAAUUUGAAAAGGAGGAAGAUCCUUUCGGUUUGGAUCAAUUCUUAAAUAUGGCGAAAAAGGCUCCAAAAAGAGGGGAGGAUAAAAAUGAUCGCAGCGCCAUAGGAAGUUCGGAUAAAAAACGUAGAAAGGAUUAAAAUUUCAAUGGAAAAUAAUUUUUAAUCAGGCUUUAAAUAUUAAUUUUGAUUUUUUCAUAUGAGACAUCAAAAGUAAAAAAGCGGGGCUACCAUGGCAUGUAAGCGUAAUCAGCGUUAUCACAUAAACAUGAACCCAGCAUUAAGGUCACAAUUGUGUAAGAAAGAUGACCAACGUGUUAAAGCAAUUGAUAUAA